CGGUGGGGUGCGGCGUGUUUGGAAUUGAAUGUGAUUUUUUAUUCACUUGUUUUUGUCCGGCACGUGAUCAAUGGGAAGUUGAAAAUGACUAAGCGAAGGGAUGAACCGUUUGCGGCUGUAGCUGCCGCAGGCCCCAAGCUGAAGUGUAAAUCUCUUACCCCGUGUGUGUGUUCAUGUGUGUGUGGGGCUCUGUGGAGCAGUGUUUCACAGUAAAUUACAUGUUUGAAACAAAAAUCGAUUUUAUUGGAUGAAAGUUUUGCUUUCGUUUAGUUUUAUUCUCUAUUCUGUUCUGUUGUGCGAUGUGCUAGAGAUUAUUGCGUGGUUUAAAAUGUUGCCUUACAACUCGGCAAAGAAAAGUUAAUCCUCCAACGUGUGCUCGUGCGCUGGCAAAUGGUUUGAAUGUGUUGCGGUUGUGACUGACGUGUAGAAUGGGCAUCGAAUGGUUCCGGAUUUUAAGCUCUUCGUGAGCUUCCGAGUCCGAGGGGGAUUUUUAAAAAGGUUUAAGAACGGUUCGGUAGAUAAGCAGGAACAAAAGAUUGGGAAGCUUUUUCGGCAACAUACAAACAAAGAGAAAGGGUCCGUCAAACCCACACACGAGGGAGAUUUUCAUAGUGUGGUACGCAUUAGUUGAUGAUCAAAGUUGGCCGGUUCUGCAAACUCUCGAAGAGUCUCACUCGAAGGGCGGAAAAUGGCACAGUGGGAGUAUCUUCUACUGUCUGCAGCUGGCAAGGACAUCGAAAUGAGCACAACGCCUCCCCAGUAACAGUUCCUUCGUCAAGGGGUGAAUUAAAGCAUAGUGAAGGUUUAGUAUGUAGUGGUGAAUGUGUAACAAAAAAAAAAGCCAACAAAGUGCACACGAAGCGCGAGUAAUGAUAAUUGAAUUUUCAUCAACCACCAUCAACCGAGCGAAGGGUUGAAACAAGGAUCGAAAGUGGUAGUGGAAGGUGCAAACGGAUAACGUGUAAUCAAACAACGACCAACAGUGCGAUGACGGUGUGCUAGUGGUUGCGGCAUCAACGGUGGUAGUGCGUGAAUGCGGAACCAGACACAAUCGAAGCGUCGAGCAGAAAUUAACCCGAGUCACCCGAGCAAGCAAGAGAGCACGUUCCAAACGAGAGGAAGCGGGUUGGGGAAGCAGAAGGUCACGAAGAUGCUUCGCAACUGUGGCUGUUUUCAGCGGGCUCGGCGUAGCUCCAGCUUCGAGGACUCGUCCUCCUGCCGGUCGUCCGAGAUCGAGCGGGGCGGCGAGAUGACACCGCACAGUGGCAGCCUGCUGAAGCUGUUCACCUCGAAGGGCUGGUGCAGACAGUGGCGCAAGAGUGGCCGGGGCAUGAGCAUGACCAAGAUUGAAAGAACAAUGAAGGCGGCCAUUCUUAUACAGCGCUGGUAUCGGCGGUUUCUAGCCCGGAUCGAGAUUCGGCGGCGCUACACGUGGACCAUCUUCCAGAGUAUCGAAUAUGCGGGCGAACAGGACCAAGUACGGCUGUACAACUUUUUCAACGCACUACUUACGCACAUUCCAGAGACCGCCGGACGUCCGCUGGACUCGCAAAACACAUCCCGCUCGUCGUCCGCAGAGGCACUGAAUAUGAAAUUUUCCGACGAAUCGGACGAUCUAGCCGACGAGGGUAUUACCGGACCGGAGCGUGGCUACCAAGGGCCAGAUAUCAAGUUCCCGCUCGACAAGAAGGAGCUCGAGGUGAUCAUCGAUCUGUUCCGGAAGAAGAAAAACCGCCUGCACGCGAAGUACGUGGCGGGGAUACUGCGGGAAGCGACGUCGAAGCUGAAACGGUUGCCAAAUUUAAACCAGGCGUCGACCGCCAUCUCCAAACAGGUGACGAUCUGUGGUGAUCUGCACGGGAAGCUGGACGAUCUGCUGGUCGUGUUUCAUAAGAACGGACUGCCAUCGCCAGAGAACCCGUACGUGUUCAAUGGGGACUUCGUGGACCGGGGUAAGAAAGGGCUGGAGGUGCUGCUGCUGCUGCUCUGCACGUUUCUGGUGUUUCCGGGCGGCGUGUUUCUCAACCGGGGCAACCACGAGGACACGGUGAUGAACGCUCGGUACGGCUUCAUCCGGGAGGUGCACCAGAAGUACAAACACAACGCCGAAAGACUGCUGAAGCUCAUCGACGAGGUCUACCGGUGGCUUCCGUUAGGGACGAUAGUGAACAACCGUGUGCUGGUCGUGCACGGCGGCAUUUCCGACUCGACCGAUCUCGAUCUCAUCCGCAGCCUGGACCGCGGAAAGUAUAUAUCACUAUUGCGGCCACCCAUCACCGAAAGUACCGCCCCGGGCGCUGAAAUCAUCGAUAAGGUGGAAUGGAAACAGGUGUUCGACAUACUGUGGAGCGACCCGCAGCACACCGAGGGCUGCCGGCCGAACUCGUUGCGCGGAGCGGGCACCUACUUCGGACCGGACGUCACUAGCAAGUUCCUACAGCGCUACAAGCUCCAGUAUCUCGUCCGCUCGCACGAAUGCAAACCGGACGGGCAUGAGAUCAUGCACGGUGGCAAGGUCAUUACUAUCUUCUCCGCAUCGAACUACUACGAGAUUGGCUCGAACAAGGGUGCCUAUCUGAAGCUGGAUCCGCAGCUGGACACGCACUUCGUGAUGUACACGGCGGCCGCCUCCAAAACGCGCAAGCUCACGUUCCGCCAGCGGGUGGGGCUGGUGGAAAGCUCGGCCCUGCGGGAGCUGGCAGCGAAGCUGCGCGAGCGGCGGAUAGAGCUGGAGCGGGAGUUCAAGUCGCGCGAUCCGGAAAACAAGGGUGUGCUGCCGCUAGCCAAGUGGUGCGAGGCGCUGGAGAGCGCCACCAGCCUCGGUUUGCCGUGGCGAAUGCUGAAGGAUAAGCUUGCACCCGCCGAUAAUCCCACUGCCAGUACGGUCGCAACGGUGACGGAAGUAAGCUACCGGAAGACGCUGCAUCUACUCGACACGGACUCAUUCAAAUCGGCCCAAAACGGUACCACCUCCGUGGCGGAAUCGCUGUACAAAAACAAGAGCAGCCUGGAAGCGAUCUUCCGCAUACUGGACAAGGACAACUCGGGCCAGAUCUCGCUGGAGGAGUUCGGCGAGGCGUGCGAGCUGCUGCGGCGCCACUUCCCGCACAACACGCACGAACAGCUGCUCGACAUGUGUCGCAUGAUGGACAUCAACAAGGACGGGCUGGUCGAUCUGAACGAGUUCCUGGAAACGUUCCGGCUGUGCGAGAACGCCAAGGAGCAGCUGCUGAUGAGCCUCGAGGAGCGCGCGAUAGCGGAGAGCAACGGGAACGGGUCGGGCAGUGCGCUGGACACCAUUGACCUGCAGCCGUCGGGCCCGGUGGCGGCGGCGGACCGGAAGAAGGACGGCCUGCCAGACAGGAACGGGAACUGUGCGGCAAAGACUGCCAGGGAGGACUGCCAGGGCAAGACGGAUGGGCGCCGGCGGAGCAAGAAGCGUGCGAGCGGCAAGCGGGCCAACAACGGGCCGGAGAACGGGGCGCCGGAAGCGGACGAGGACACGGACGACUACGAAGACUACGAGGCGAACGAGCCGGAGGAGGGCGAGAGCAGGGAGAAGAGCGCCGGCCCAGUGAACGGUACAGUUAUAAGCUCAUCCAACACUGCCGCUGUCGCUAAUAGCACCGCCAACGGUGACACUCACAAGGACACCAUCGUCGCCUAAACGGGGCACAGGCUUAUGAGUGUUUCUUUUCCUAUCUCUCUCUUUCUCUGUGUGGAUGUGUUCGUAUGUGUGUGUGCGUGUUUGCGUGUAUGUGAUUCCGAUCUCCAAAGUACCUCCUCCAAGUUUGUUGCUGUGUUUCUAUCGCUCCUCUACCUUCCCAUCUCACUGUACACUGUUUGUAUCCGGCGUUUAGUACCGUGACUCCAAGUGCGAUGGAACUUGGAAAACAAGUUCCAGGAUUCAGAAGGAUUUGAUCAGUGGAAUUGAGCGUUACCUGAGAGAAGGAGAGAAAGGGAAGUGAACGUGAGGCAGAAGAGGUAAAAGGUUUCCCGCACAUUCUUCCGGCCCUCGUACGGUUGCCCACCGUUGCACACUUUACAGUUUACAGGCAGCGUGUUUGACCCAGUGGUACUACAACAAGAUGAAGCUGUCAAGGAGUUUUGCAACAACAGUGGUGGCUUUGGUUUUGACACAUGGCUUCUCAUUAAGCUCACCUGUUGGCUUAUGGGUUAGCAGCGGUACCGGAUCAGGUAGGAGCACACAGAGCUUUAACACAACAAUGUUUAAGAUUGUAAAAGGGACAGCUACAUCUACAUCUCAACAUCUCGUUGAGUGGUGGAUUACCCAACAUAGUGGAUUACCCUGUUUCAUUCAAACAGUAGGUACGUUCAAGCUUUUUAUUGUUCUAUCCUUGCUUCUUGUUACCUUCAUGCUGAUUGCACUUUUAGUGUUACGUUACCGUUUACUUUUACGACAAUCGUACUACAAGUUUUAUUGAUUGUCUGGCGUAAAACAGUAAUGUUCAAUCAUUGAAUCGUUGUAGAUGUAAAUUGGCUUCUUGCACUUCAUCUACAAAAUGUCUAUUCCUUCUCAGAAGGUUGGUUAUUCGCUCUUUGAAACGUGGUUAAUAUCCUCAUCAAUGGUCUGAUGCAGUGAUCCUCUUUUUUUCAUAAAUUUAGGAGUGAGGAACUACUUUCAAAAAUACUUUUGGGAACAAAUUCAAUGUAAUCAGUGAAGUGAGUUUUGUGUUGAAUGGCAAGACUUUGCCUGGAAGUAGGUAAAACUUUUCCCGUCAAUCAAAUACUUAAGCUGACUUAUAAAGAAAUACGUUACUCAGACAGCUUAUUCAGUACAAACAACUUUUGUAGUAUGAGCAAGCAUCCUUUUCUCUGUCAAGUAUAUGCAAACGAAAACUUUCAACGUUAAAUUAAAUGCAACUUCCUGCAAGUAAGUUCUUCCAUCAUGAAUGAAUGGACCUGUACCGAACACCCGGUAACGAACAGACAGACUUAUGUAUUUGAUUUCCUCAAAACUCCCUCAAAACGAUAGGAGCAGUGUUGAAUUUCUCUAAGCAUGUAAUUCAACCUUGUAUGCACAGAAAUGUAUUCGAUUUUGUAGGGUAUGUUCAGUGGCCAGGUGUGUGUCUGAUUUUUGCCGUUACUGGCGAUCACUGCCACUAUACAUGUCUUGUUAGUGAAAAGACUCCAACCUUCGACGCUGAAGUGGAACGAAGCGUCAAUCACUGUCAGUGACGUUAAAGGAAGGAUUUCAGAAAAAGUUCUUUUUACCAAGUGUAUGGAUGCUUGAAAUGUUUUACAUAUUCGCAACCACAAUUUUAUUCGGCGCGUUAUGUGGUAGUGUAGUGUCCAACCGGAGCUUUAAGAGUGAGGUGUUCAUAUUACUAGACGAGUGUAAAAAACAAGUUAAAGUAUAAAUUGAUAUUGUUCUACUAUUCUCUUCUAUUGUUGAUAUUGGCCUCUAAUCACAUAAAGCAUUGAAAUGAAUGAAAAAGGCAUCAGGAAUUUAAGGAUCGAGCUCUGAAAAUGAUGUUGUGUUGCGUAAAACAAACCAAGCAAGUAGCAACACAAAGCAAAAAUGCACACCUGAGGCAUGGAAAUGGCACCCAAUCUAGCACUUUCUGACACAAUCCAUUACGGCUAGAGUAAUUAACCUGGAGUAGCAAGUGUGUGUGUAUGCUUUGUGAUGCCCCAUCACUCAACACGUGUGUACCAUGCUGCCAACAUCACUAAGGGGAACGGGAAGCGAAUAAUUGCGAUUAGCCAGGGAGUGGAAAGACAAAGACCCACUUAACUCAUUCACAAACACACACACACCGUCACACGUUUUCGGAAGGAGGGAGCAUGCUCAAGUUUUUGCUUCAUUUCCGGCUGUAAUCAACUGGAUAAAUGGCACUUUUUCCUGCUCCAAACCCAUGAUGUGGGUGCUGGGUGCGUUUGCCGGCGUGGGCGAAAGCGUUAUUCAUCGCAGCGCCGCGUGGUACAUUUUGUUCAACGAGUCGGUAAGGUUUUUCAGAAUGUGUACUUGGUUGCUCGGUGCUGUGUAAUGGUACUGGUACGCAUGCACCAAUGCGGGAGAAGCGUUUGCUGAUUAGCAGUUGAUAGACAGGUGACCAUAAAAGCAUUACUCCAACGUCGUUAGCCGUUGCGAAACAGGUGAAGUGCUAAAUGACUUCAAUUAACGCUAGACUGUAAGUAAAGGUACAUGCAAUAGUUGUGUACCAUGGUGUCAUUUGUUCUCACUUUUCUCAUUAUAUUUGGUUACCAUUAUAGCUCGAUGUCACAGAACGUUUCAUUAACCUUUCGUGUUUGAUUAACGGACUUUUUGCGUAUUUUCAUUUCAUCCUUUCAGCUUCAUCCCCGAUAUCAAAUCAUCUUUCUUCUCGCUCACAACAGAAUUGAAAGGCCACUUUCUUGCUUGCCUACCCCCCCCCCUCCUCUAUCCCAAACAGUCACAAUACUUAAUGUGUGCACUUUAGUAGCGUCUCUUUCUGCAGGCUACAGCGCUGUUCUUCUUAAUGUCAUUAACGUCAAUAAUGUGUCACUUUACUUGGCUGCGUGUGUGCGAAUGGGCCACUCUCACUUGCCAUCAUCAUCAUCAUCCUCCUCCAAGUCGCCGGCAGCAACACAACAACAAUGCCGCCGAGCGUUGAGAAGAAAGCAGUGAACGCCGAAGUUCCUGCUUGCCUCCGGGGCGGCAAGGGCCACGUACCGUCUCGGCAUCGGUUUUGAUUCUUAUACUUUAUUAUUUCUCAUCCAUUUUUACUGGCUCGAUUCUGGUCGCUCGAAUCGUUGGCUGUUCAAAUGGCACUGAGUGUGUGAAAGUGUGUGUGUGUGUGUCCGUGUGAUAAAUGUUCAUACAGCCAUUAGAUAAAGAUUUUAUGCUGGAGAGUAAAAGCAGAAGCGUUGUCAUUACGUUGCCUUAACUUGUCGAACAGUGUGGCAUUGUUGGGCUGGUGCUGAAAGGUUAAAAUAAUGUCUCUGAAUUUCGGUGUGCAUUAUUCGCGCUUCAAGUUUAAUUCGAUUAGAGAGCAUUUAUGGAAGUGAGCUUUUGCGUUGGAAGCGUGGGGUGACAUUAUCGUUGCCUUUGACAAUGGUUAGAAGCCAUUGAGUGCAUUUGAUUUUAAUUAACACUUUGACCGCCGGCCUGACGUCACAGUUUGCGAAUGAGCACGUAGCGCAUGACAAGAGAGCGAUGAGAGCGACAAUUGUUCGUGCGACUAUUAUCACUCUUUUGUUUCAUUUCGAUAAGCGACGUAGCACAUGUCGUUCUCGUUCUCUCUUUCCUACCUCAUUCGUUAUCAAGAGAAUUCGUGAGCGUCAGCUACAGAGCUGAGCGGUGAACAAAGCCGUCGUGCGAUUUCAUAUGACGCGGCGCUUAAAGUGUUAAAUUCAAUGGAUGAAUUCGUUUGAACGUAGAUAGAACAUGUUUCCACGAAUAUUGAAUGUUCCUCAUUCAAUAUAGAGUGUUCUGUGCUGCUGCUAACAUAAUUAAUUUUAGAGUUUCUUUUCAAGUUCUUUCUUUUCUUCAAAAAUAUAAAAUUAUAUAAACCAACACAAUUAUUUGGUUUAAAAUUUAUUUUCAAUUUAUUUUUAAAAUCUUCGGAAAGCUUUCCGCUUUUUUGCUAUGAAGCACCAGGCUUCUCCAUCGAGCGCAACAAAAAAGGGGACUUAAUAUUUUUAUCGCUUCAAAAGCAUCUAAAAGGUCACAUACACACACUUCAAAUGUGCCCAAUUCCCUAGAUGGAUGUUAAAAAAACAUGUUACGAAAUCGAAAUAUUGUUCCCUGCACGAUCCAAUUUUCCUAGGAACGAUAAAACCGAAACCAACCUGACCUGGUUGCCCCGUUUUUCAAGCACCAAAGUAGUAGAUCCACUUCACUUAAGUGUCGUAAAAUGCUGCUGGAAUUAUUUUCUGAGCACUUUCCGUCCUUUACACUUCACAUACGGAACAAACUUUCUGUUCCUGGUACAAUGGAGCAUCAUCCUAUUUGAGCGCGGUUGGUUUUUGAAAUUCAGAAAUACCCUUCUGCCCCUGCUGCUUUUCGUAAUCAGAAAGCUGAUUACGGUGUGAAAGUUUCCGUUUUGGCCAACGUGUACUACCUGCGCUUUUCUCUUAGCCGGCGGGCUAAGAUCAAAGCUCGCACAAUCACACCAGCGUGCCAAAUGUGAUUUGUCCGGUACGGCACGUGCCGAGCGCGCGCUUUGGUGCAGAUGGCAAAACUUUGCCUCCAAAUGGUUGUGGUUUUUUGAUUUUCCCUUUUAUCUGACUUUUUGGAAGAAUGGAAGGAAAGAAUGUGGCCCGAUUCCGGAGGCAAGGGCACGACACAUUCCAAAAACCAGUGUAGGAAAGGCAGGAAGUAUAGCAGCUGUUGUGAGCUAAAACCGGGUGAAAAAAGAACGCUGAAAAGGAAAGUGAAGAAAUAAUUUGGUUGGAAGGUUUGGUUUCCCUUUUUUUGCAUAUUUUUUCUUUACCGCCAAAUAUUGUGACAGUGGUGUGAAUUGCCCUUACACACAUACACACAGGCAAAGGCAAAGAAGUGACACCAAGUGAAUGUAAAGUAUGCAAACAGCGGCGCGGGAAAAUAAAAUUAUUCUCAGCCGUUUGGUAGGUUAAAUAUUGAAUCGGAGGUGAUUUUUGCUCCCUUUCUUCACACAGUUUCACAUCGCAGAUUCACUUUCUUUGAAAUGAGAAAUGAGAAGCAACAUCCAUUCCCAUUACAGUUCAUUAUUGCUAAACAUAGCAAAGGUUUUUUUUUUAAAUCUAAAUUAACUGACUCGUGAAGGUGAAAAUUAGAUGACAGCUUCAUUUCUGGUGACCUUGAAUGAGGAGAGUCAUUUUGGUGCAUUUUGUUUCUUUUCUGUCUGACUUCUUUCCUCCAUAAAUACUCUCGAUGAUUGCUUUCGUAACAAGUUGAGCUACUGUUUGUGUGUGUUUGCGUGUUUUCUGCUUGUAAGUGGGAGUCUACGCUACUACAAAACGACAGACGAGAUCGCAUGGAAACUUGAAAAGGAAAGAAAAACACGCAAAUACGCGAGAAACGCAAUGAUACAUUUCCAAAAGUUUUAAAUCUGUUUGUGUCGUUUUCCGGGCGGUAAGGGACUGCUUUCAAGCAGUGUAGGAAGUGUGAAAAAGUCAGGAUGAGCUCAGGCUUUGCAAAACAAACAAAAAAUCAUAUCCUAUUUCGAAUUGAAAUUGGGAAAGUGAAAUAGAUUAUGGUGGGGUGGGUGCGAUAAAAACUCUCCGUUACCGGAAACGGAAAGUGUUUGUUAUUAUUUACAAAAGCGCGCUGCCCGAAGAGAAGGGAUACGCUGUGCUGUAAAUAUUUCUCACGACAAGCUUAUCUCAGUUUUUUGUUCGUUUUUUUUCUGGACUCCAUUCUCUGCAACGUGAGAGAUGGAGAUUAAUUUUUCCUUUAGCUUUCGCACAGCUUUUCUUUAAACGUUUCAAAAGCUCGAAAAUACAGCGCAAGUCGUGCUGGACAGCAUUCGCCUGCGUUAUAAUCCUUUUUGCCAUGUAUGCAAGUAAGCUUGGCUGCAUUUCUACACGAUCUACUUCACAUUUCUACGCUCAGUGCACAUUCCGCUUGCAUUCCAGCGGGCGAAGCAACCCUUCUCGAGCGUGUUUAAGAUCCACCGCACCGUAAAUGGAAGGCAUUUCACUAUCGGUAAGCUUCUUACAUACCCAACGGUUUUCUUUUUUCGAAUUAAAUUUCAUUUCCUGUCGCACUGGUGUUAACUAAAGUGCUCCGAAAGUCCACACUCACACCAUAUCGCUCAUCCGCUCGAGAUUGAGUUGCAUUAUAUUUGUGUGAUUUUUUCACCACACACACACACCUUCAGGUUUUAAACUGUGAGAAAUUGUGCAUGAAAUGUGUAGUUUUAUUUCUUUAAUUUCCUCCUUCUGUCUCCCGUUUUUUUAUACCAAAAAAACUGCGUCAUUUGGCUUCUGGGUCUUGCAACUGGCGCUAUUUUAUGUAUGGCAGCUUCACCGAUGGCAGAACACUCUCCCAAAGGUCAACGCUGGGCGGAAGAGGUUCGUCCAAGGCCAAGGAUUGCAUUUGCGUAAACGGUGUAUGCUUCCGGUGGGUGGUCGGAAAAUGCGUGAUGCGGGAAUUGCGUUUAUGUGUGUGUGUGAGGUGCGGAUAUGCGGUAAGCGAGUAUGCACGGUAGGAAUUUUAUAGAAUUUAAAACUGCAACAGACAUGAAACGAAUCUCGUGGGAACAAAAUGAGUACACCGACGCUUAGAUGUUAUCGAUUCCUAUACACGUUUUAAAUGUUAUCGUAUCUGUGAAAGGAAAGUGGCAGACAAAUAGAAGGGCAGAUGAUGAAGAAGAAGGAAAUGAUGAAGAGUAAAUAGAGAAAAAGAGAAUGAAAGAGAGAUAGCAAGAGAGAGAAAAGAGAGGAAGAGAGAGAGAGAGAGAGAGAGAGAGAGAGAGAGAGAGAGAGGACAAAAGAGUAGUAAGAUAAAAAAGAAAUACAUUAUCAAAGUAAAACCAAUGUUUCAAAUUAGCUAAACAAAAGCGCAAAGCGAACUAAAAAAAGGAAAAUAAGAAACGUGAAGACAAAAGUAAACUCCAAACAUUGUGUAUGUGUUUAAUGUCGUUU